AGGGAGAAAAACUAUCGGGUGCAUUAUAUACGUAUUGUCAAAAAAGUGGCUGCUUUUCUACAGUGUGAUUCGAACUAGUCCACGACAAGUGCUAAGAGCACUGUUAUUUUUGCCUGGUGACGCACACAGCACAACCCCACCCUGCAGUAUGAGAGAGUUGAACCCCAGCGAGAUAAUGGAGGCGGAGCAGGCUCUGAAACUACAUUUUCCAGAAUCCCUGAAGGUGUACGGCUGUGUAUUCAACAUCAACAGAGGCAAACCACAGAACCUGGAAGUGGUUGUUGACGCCUGGCCUGACUUCAGUGCCAUAGUGUGCAAGCCAAAGAUAAAGGGCACACGCGACCGUGAGGGGGACUUCAACAUCCACAGCAUGUUCUCCAGAGACCAGGACAGCCUGAGGAGGCUACUGGACACUCCAGGGCUGCUGGACUGGGGCAUGUACACCCUGCUGGCAGGCGUUGACCUGAAUUAUCUGGACGCUGUAAAAGCCCUCAUGGAUCAGCACCAGGUUCCCUCACGGACACAGGGGGUGAUGCGCGUGCUGAGCCUCGGGAGUCCCACUCAGCUCAGAGCUCAUGAGAGUCCUCCUGGUUGUCUGAUCCAGCCACUCCGGCCGCAACACGCAGAGCUCGUCAACAGCAAUUGGAAGUACGGCGGCGAUGCCGACAGCUACAACUCUGUGCUGAGGUACAUCGCGCACCUUCCCAGCCUGUGUGUCAUACCGGAGGACGGUUCGGCAGCAGGAAGCCCCGUGUCCUGGGUGUUGCUGUAUCCACACUCCGCGCUGGGACUGCUCUACACCUUACCGGAGUACCGGCGGAGAGGAUACGCGAGGACGCUGGUGUCACGCUUCUCAGAGAUGCUGUUUGAGAAGGGGUAUCCCGUGUACUGUUUCGUGGAGGAGGGAAAUAGUGCCUCCUGCAGGCUUUUUCACUCAAUGGGCUUUAGAGAUAAGGAGAGUUACCGCGCUGCUUGGUUUGAAUUCAAUGAGAGGCCAAUAAAUUAAUGUAGUCUAUUCUUACACUAUCUAAGCUAUGGUCACUCUUAAAAUCCUUGGUGUAUUCAUUUUUUUCAUUUGUAGUAAGCAUUAAAACAAUAACUAAAUCAUCAUUUUAGAAUCUCAAAAACAUAGACGAGCACACUAUAUCUUGUGUAGUCUAUGUUGCAGUGGUCUGUUGUUAAUUUCUACUUCUUUCUAACUGUCUUUUUUAAGAGCUCACAUUACUGCACUGCAGCUUGUUUAUAAAUCACUAAAUGGAACUGCACCAAAAAACCUGUCAGAUAUCUACAACAGGUAUUUUAUUUCACUUCAGAUGGGCAAGGAUUAUGGGCUAUGGACUAAUCAGUCAUUGUGUUUUUCAGGGAACUUGGCAUCUGGCAAGUGUCCAGCCAAGGCCUCAGGACCUGUCAUUUGUUGAUCUCACAUGCCCCCUUGAGGUCCUCAGAGUUAUUGCAGGGGGUCCACCAAAUCAUCUGAUCCCAAACGUUGUUUUUCUCACUAAAAAUUAAAAAAUUAAAUACAAUAAAAUGUCAUGAAAUA